AUGCGAGGGGAAGUAUAUAAAUGCAUAAAACUGCGAGUUGGGAAUGGAGUGAAAUGUCGCUUCUGGAUUGAUAACUGGUCACUGCUUGGAUCGCUGAAAGACUACUUUGCAACUACUUCGUCUUCAAGACAGGGUAUCCCCCUACGUGCUACUCUGUCGGAUCUAAAUAGACCUGGAAAUUGGAUUCUUCCUCAGCCUCGAUCGAAUGCAAUGUUGCAAGCGCAGAUCGCUUUGACAACUAUAUCACUGGUGGAAGAAGAAGAAAUCUAUGAAUGGGUUGUUACUGGAUUGCCUACUGGAAGGUACAAAACCCCGCUGAUAUACUGGAAGCAGAAGGGAGAAGAACCAGCAGUACCUUGGUCGAAGGUGUCCAACUAG